GUGAAAGGAUCUACUAGCAAACCUAAUGUGAUGUCUAGUUGUGUAACAAGCAGGAAGGAGUCGCACAUAGACUAGUACUGUUACCUUAGCGCUGUGAAGGGUAACCAGCUUGUGUGUAGUGUGGUAUAGCCGCAAUGAUGAAACAAAUGGGCUAGUCUUUACCGGCAAAAACAAAUAAUAUUCCACUGUCCCUUGAUGGUAGUUGGUGUCAAUCAAUUUGUGGAUAUUUGUAUUGCUUUGUCCAUGGAUUCUUAUUAAUGCAGAUUUGGAUUCAAAUGACGACCAAGCAUUAUCAACAGUGCUUAAUGGAUGAAAUCCAUCAUAUUUUGAUGUGCUAAAAAGACAAAAGCUUGUUGUUUUUGUUCACAGUAUUCCGAAGGUUAUACAACAACAAAACAACUAAAUGUUUAUUGAGGAUAAUUUGUUGGCUCUUGCAGUAGAUUGCAGUUGAAAUAUUGUGAUGGUAUACUCGGCAUACUCCUACUACUGUAAGCUUGUUCUGUGUGGAUUGAAUGCCUUAGUUUUCUUUGCAGAGUCCGGGGCAUGAGAUACCUAUUCCAAACCUAUGCAGUAGAUUGCAUACUACAGCACUUGGCGACCUCCUCAUGAAGUCAUUCAAUAUUGAUGCAUAAGAUAGAUAACUACUCUCAUCAAUAGCUAACUAAUUCAAUUACCGGUAGUUAAUUAUUUAUAUUUUAAUCAGACUAUUUUUUCAUCUGAAUUUCAUUGAUAAAGCUGUUAAGAAUUGAUGAACUCUUGAAAUUCUUUACCGGGAGCAGAAAAUUUGAAGUAGAUUUCUUAGUUAUCAGGAAAUAGCAAGAAAUACAGCACUGGAUACAGUUGAUUUUGAUAUAUAGCACAAAAUCUGUAAUUUGUUUAUGGUAUGUUUUGAUCGACUGUAGAAAGGCUCCAGAAAUAAAGCAUUGUUAUUCUUUGAGUAUUCAUAUUGGAUACUGUGCCAGUAGUUACACUAUAUCUAACUUGUUUUUAAGCCUGUCUAUAACAGCUGCAGCUACUGCUACUACAUAGUGUAUCCUAUAUCAUUGUUUGCUGAUUGCUGUGUAAAAUUAUAAUUUAUUCCACACAAUAUUCCGGUGCUAUAAUCUGUGUUUGUUGUCCUCAUUCAUGGGUAUCAAUUAUGUCCCAGUGCUCGGAAAAGACGCAUUGAUUGGUAAAUUUCCUGUUAAGAGCUGUGUAUUGAAUAUCGCAUAAACCUUAAGCAUUUAGAUUGCUUAGAUGGCAUUAUAAAACACAUGGAUUGAAUAAAGGCGGUAUAAUCAGUUGUGCCUAGCGUUAUAAUUUGACCAAUGGCGGAAAAAGAGCAGUUAUAUUCUUCAUUGGAAGGAGGUGUAGAUGAGCAAGAUGAACCGGUUCCGUGGUACAGGGUUAUUGACAUCAAAUAUCAUUUCAUGUGGUUUCUGCAUAAGAUAUUUAUACCACUUUUUCUAUUCUGUGCUUGUUUAUUUAGAUACAAUGGACUAUCAUUUAUAUAUCUGCUGUGUUUACUGUGUGUACCCUUACUUCAAAGCCCCACAGCUCAAUCAAUGAAAGGAGCCACUGGGAAAUAUUUGAAGUUAUUAGUUGCAUUCAGUGCUGCAGCAUCCAUUGGUCAAUUAAUAUUCCAAAUAGUACUACUUAUUGAUCAACCAUAUGGAAAUUUCCUGGAUCCAUGUAAUUCAACAGAGAGAAUUUUGAGACAACUUGGUUUCCAAAGAUUAGAUAGCAAUGCACUAUCAUCCAUAAGACUGUUGGCUCCUGAUGUGGUAGUGCUCAUAGUCUCUUCCAUAGUCUUGGCAAUAUGCCACAAACUAUUGGCUCAGGAGAACCAGAGACUUCAAGAACUCUCACAGACCUCACAGACUGACACCACCUAUGAGCGCAAGAGCAAAAAACGAUCGAUAGUGAUUGCAGGCCUACGCGGACUGCUCACCAUGACGUUGUUGGCGUUUGCGGCUGUUAUUGAACCAUCAAUGAUAUCAGCUGUGUACUUUGUGUCUUUUCUAAUUGUUGUCACAUGGUGGUCUUUGUAUAAAACGACUGGGAAGCGAUUUGUGUAUUGGCAGGGAUGUUGGAUGGUGUUUAGUGGCUUUCAUCUGAUUUUGCUGUACCUGUAUCAGUUUCAGUUCUUUCAAGAUAAUGUGGACUCUGGAAGUCUUACAGCACGGUUAGUUGGACUGAAAGCAAUCAUAAAGACAGAGUGUACUAAAGAAAAAGUCUAUGAUCUGUUAAUACAUGAUGACCUCUUGUGGCCAGCCUUUGUGAACCCUGCGGCAAUUCUUCUACUCUAUUGGUACUGCGCCUUGGAAGUUCGAAGGUUUAUGCAAGGACCACGAAAUGGAUAUGACCAGUUAAUUGGCAAGGAAUCUGUGGAGUUAGUGGAGGUUCAAAAACAGACACAUAAAAAACACAGAAGGAAAUCAGGUGAAAGAGAGUCCACAUCAUCAAAGAAAAAGCUCCUGGUAACUGAAGAGAUGCGUAAAGGCUCCCCCGACUACCAGACCAUGGAGUCAUCUACCCCCACUGACGUCGAAGAGGGCACAUCUUACCAACGUCAAGCAAGAACAGAUAGUGAAACUAGUGGAGCGGUGGAACACCCUAAGGCUAGCCCCUUGGGUACUCUGGUAGCAUAUAUUACAAAACAGAGCUACAUUGCUGCUCUUGUACUGAUGAUGGCAUGGAGCAUUACAUACCACAGUUGGUUAUCCUUUGUACUCCUCCUUUGGGCUUGUGCAUGCUGGAUAAUACCUGGAUCAAGGAAGUGCGCCCUCUACAGUUCACCAUUUAUAGUAAUUUAUGCGGAGUGCUUGAUCAUUAUCCAGUUUGUCUAUGGUUUGAAUUUGAAUGAAGAGGAACUGCCAACAGUAACUGAGGAUGGAGUUGAUUUAACUGAGAUAGGGCUUGUGAGGUAUGAGAUACCGUGUACUGUACUAGCUGUUAAGCUUCUGUACACAUGCAUGUUUUGGAUGACCUUACGGCAGUUCUGUCGGGAAAAUAAGCUACGAGAGCUUGACCACCACCAAGCUGCAGAUGGUAUCAUCCUCCAACCAUUUGGAAUGAUCUUCUCAGCUCCAUCUGAUGAGGUCAAAGCUUUAAACGAGAGGGCGGAGACGGGUGAUCAUGUUGAUCGUGUACAGAGUGAGACAAUGAUGGUGAUAGGAGCUGCCAUCAUGGACUUGAUCGCAAAAUACUGGAUACUGCUUUGUGGUGGCAUGUUCCUCAUUGUCAGUCUUCAGGACACUGUUGAUUGUUUCAAGAUAAUCUACAUGGGGCUCUUCUUGUUCCUUAUGACCAUCUUUGUCUUUUCUUGGCGCCUGUUUCGAGUGAUUGUAUACUUUUUCUGGUGGAUUGUCGUUAUCUACUCGAUGAUUGUACUUGUCCUCAUUUACACGUUUCAGUUUGAAAAAUUCCCUGAGUAUUGGCAGAAUAGUACUCAUUUAUCAAAGGAAACGUUGAGUGACAUUGGUUUAGAGGAGUUUAGUACAUCCAAGCUGUUUCUGAACUUGCUGAUUCCAACAUCCUUCAUCAUUGUCAUCGUGGUACAGAUUCACUACUUCCAUAGUCAUUUUCUUAAGCUGAGUGACAUCAAAAAACCAAGUGGGAGUAAUUACGCUGUGACCAGCGAUGACACAGCAAUUGAAGGUGGAAGCGGGGAGGACCUGGAUGAGGUUGAUGCGUCAUCUCAAAAAAGUAACGCCCAGAAAAGCCUAAAACUGUACAUAGGGCAGCUGUUCAAGACUGGUUUGGCUUACUACCACAGAAUCACAUCUGUUCUCUGGAGAAUCAUUGAAAUACACAUGAUGAAGGUCGUGUUCAUCACCAUCAUCGUCGUUGCAUGCAACGAGGUGACUGCUGUGAACUGUGUUUUUGUUUGCCUGAUGUUCUUCGCAAUACCUGUUCAUAGUCUGCAGAGGCUGUUCUGUUUGAUAGCAAUUAUCUGGGCAUCUCUUGUUAUGCUGGCCAAGAUGAUUUACCAACUAAAUUUUAUAGAUACUGACGAAUUCACCGAGAAUUGCACAGAAAGGAAUCCUGAUUGGUAUGGUGAAGAGAUGGUAAACAGCACUUCCUGGCUUGGUUUUGAAGUUCCAACUGAUCAAAGCUUUCCAGACUAUGUACAUGGGUACAUGUUUAUUAUCAUUGUUCUGAUUGUAAACUCUAUCGUAAUAUUGCACCAGAGGCAGCACUAUUGGGAGCAAGGCAAACCCAUUCCAAAGGACGGAAUAAUUUUUGAGGGUGUCAAUCGCGCCAACGCUGAUGAGGGUCUAUUGAAUAUGCUCAAAUUCCUCGCCAAUUACGGCUUCUACAAGUAUGGUCUUGAGAUAUCCUACAUCAUGGUUGUUAUAACAGUGUGCAUUCGACUGGAUUUGUUCUCUGUCAUCUACAUGACGUUCCUCUUAAUCAUGAUCUUCUUGGACCGUAAAGUGGUGAUGGUCAUCUGGCCGAUAUUCCUCAUUGUUCUGGCCAUUCUGCUUCCGGUCAGUUACUGCCUGUGCUUAGGGCUUCCCCCAAGUUUCUGUGUUAAUUACAUUUGGACGACAAAUGAUUUGCCUUCGGAGUUAAUAACUUGGCUUUACCUACCAGUGUAUGAUAACCCCCUCAAUGCUAAGGUUAUUAUAGCUGACUUUUUCCAGCUGUUGUUUGUGAGUCUUCAGUGGCAAGUGUUCCUAAAGGAAUCUAAAUCUGGUUUUGGUGGAGGUGACAACAAUGUUGCGGCCACUGACGUUGAGAACAUAGACACAAAUCCAGUGCCAAACUUUACUUUUAACAAAUCUUAUUUGGACCUUUGCAAGAGUUCCGUUUUAGGCUACAAUUUUUGGGUGUGCCUGGCUGUCCUUUACAUAACAGCCACCAGCCACACCAAUAUACUAGGUGUAGGCUACUUGAUCAUUGCAUUUUCCUGUUUGGGUUUCGGUCGUAACUUGCUUCUGAAACCCAUGUCUGAGGCCGUCAAGUUAUGGAAUCUUGUUAUUUUGUACAACCUAUGCGUUGUCAUCAUGAAAGUGGGCCUGCAGAUUCUAACCUGUGCUUACCUCAACCGAGUGCUAGAAGACGGCAACUGUCUGUGUGCCCUGAUCCAACUCCUCGGCGUCGUCUGCUUGCAAAAGGGUUAUGAAACACCUACAGACUUGUGUACCUGUGAAUUGCCGACUGAUGAGAGUGGACUUAGCUGGGAUGUUGUCUGUUUCUGUUUCCUCAUCAUCCAGAAAAGAAUCUUCACAAGUUACUAUUUCCAGUACAUUGUCAUUGACCUUCAGGAGGAGAAAAAGCUGGCAUCCAAGGGAGCAGAGCUGAUCAAUGAUAUCCUUGCAGCCAAAGUCCGCAAUAAUAAGAAAGUAGAGGCACAAAUAUUGGAUAAAAUUAAAUCAAAGACAGAGAAAAUACGAACUAAACAGAAGAAACUUCUGCUGCAAAAAGAAUACCAGGAGCCUUUGGAUCAUGGAGAAGCUAUCAGAGGAAAUGCAGGCUACUACAUGUUUGUGGACAGUGACAGUGAAGAUGAUUUCAGUGAUUUCGAGGAAGAAUCUGUACAUGAAUAUGGCGAACCUGAAGAAGUAAUACCCAGAAGUCAAAUAAAAAGAAGACAAUCUAUCACUGAUAUGGAUAGGAAACAAUCAGCAUGGCAAUUGGCUUUCCAGGCUUUCAUGACAAGUCCGAAGACAGCUCUUGAAACUGAUGAAGCCUUGUCCCCAACUUCUCCAGAAGGUCAAAGUCUUACGGUUAUCGGAGAAGAACGCAAGGAUGAAGCAGAUGGCGUACAGCCUAGUACAAGCGGAGCAGCAGUGGCUGAUGUAACAGAUGACCUUAAAGGUGAAGAAACUGAUGUUGACCGUGGUGUUCCAGUGACUGUGGAUGAAGCGUUAGUGGAGGUUGUGGAUGAUGUGUUAGACAAACUUAUGGAUGAUGAAGACGAGGAGGAAUUUGGAUGUUGGGACAAAUUCUUGAACAUCCUGCGGUUAGCAUGGAGAAUAUUUCUGCGUCUGAUAGAUUCAGCUAUAGCACGCUUGGAUAAGUCCUCCGAGGAAUACCGCUAUGUUGCAAAGGAGUUAAAACGCAUGUCAGCUGAGGGAAAACGACGAAGAUCUGUAAAGAGGGCCAAGUUGAAGAAUGCUACGGAGACAGAUGGGGAUGGUGUGUUAGAAGAGGAGGAGGAGGAGGAGGAGGAGCCAGCUGUUAGAUCCGAACCUCGUGUUACAAUCAGUGAGGAUGUUACCGUGACAACUGUGGAUGUUGCUUCUCCUGGAACCAAAAGUUUUGAACCUGCUCCUGAUGGUCUUCUGAUGUAUCUUGGUGAUUUUGAGGACAGUGUUGACACUGGUUCUAGUGAUAAGUUUGAGAACAGCAUGCCUAGGCCAAUUCGACUGCUGAAUUCUGUGGUCUACUGGGGUAUAGCACACUCGGAGCUAAUUUGCUAUUUUGUCAUCAUUCUCAAUCAUCUUGUGUCAGCCAGCAUUCUGUCACUGCCGCUACCAAUCCUGGUCUUUUUGUGGGCAAUGUUGACUGUCCCACGGCCAACCAAGAGGUUCUGGAUAACAGUGAUCACUUACACAGAGAUUGUCGUUAUUUUGAAGUACAUUUUCCAGUUCCAGUUCUACCCCUGGUACGAUGACGUUACUAAGGAGGAGAACCCAUUGUGGUGGCCUCGAUUGAUCGGCAUUGAGAAGGAAGAUCAAUAUGCCGUCUUUGAUCUCAUUGUACUGCUUGCUGUCUUCUUGCAUCGAUCUAUUCUACGAAGACAUGGUUUAUGGCAGGAAAGUAGGGUACUGCCGGAUUUCCAUGAUGUUGAGUUAAACGAGUCACUAGAAGAGCAAAAAGAGGAAGAAGAUGUAAAAGAUGGUGGCCAUCUCUCUGUUAAAGAAAAAGGUUCAGAUGAUGUAGAUGAUACAGGAUCAGUGAAAUCAGAUGAAUCAGAAGAAAAGAAAGAGACAAGUAUAUUUGAUCCGUUCCGGCAUUUCUACCAGAGGUUAAUAGACCCGACCUACAGUUAUGUGACAGACGUUUAUGUGACAAUGUUUGGUUGCGAUUUCAUCAACUUCCUCAUCACAACAUUCUGUUCGUAUGCAUUCGGGGAAGAGCAAGCUCAGACUGACGUGACGGAGUACAUACUGAAUAAUCAGAUACCGAUGUCGUUUGUGUUGCUGCUCCUCAUCCAAUUCAUUCUGAUUCUAGUUGAUCGUGCCAUCUACUUGAAGAAGAACGUCACUGCUAAAUUCAUCUUCUUGAUAGUUUUAGUGAUAGCGAUCCACGGCUGGUUGUUCUUUCUUCUACCUUGGAUGUCAAACAAGCAAUUUGUUGACAAUACUCCAGCUCAGAUCUUCUACUUCUUUAAGUGUUUAUACUUUGGGUUGUCUGCAUACCAGAUUCGCUGUGGUUACCCUACAAGAAUAUUAGGCAACUUCUUAACUAAGAGUUACAAUUAUGUUAGUCUUUUCCUAUUCUAUGGUUGGCAGUUGAUUCCUUUCUUGAUGGAGAUUAGGAUCGUGAUGGACUGGAUGUUCACACCAACGACACUGUCUCUCACACACUGGGUUGAAUGCGAAGACAUCUUUGCUGAUUGCUUCAUCACAAAAUGCUGGAGAAAAAUGGAAAAGAAAUAUCCAGCUGCUAGGGGCGUGGCAAAGAGCUCUUUAGUAAAAUAUGGUGCUGGUGGCGUCAUGCUGUCUGCACUUGUGCUCAUCAUCUGGUUCCCGCUUCUCUUCAUAUCAUUUGUAAAUACGUCCAGUAUUCCAAACCCCCCAAGUAUUGCCACGGUGCAGAUACAGAUUGCAGGCUAUGAGCCUCUGUUUGAUAUGAAUAGCCAGGAUCAAGCUAUACAUCAAAUGACCAGUGACGAGUUUUCAGAUUUGAGAGAUGAUCCUUUGUACAAGACCAGUCUUCAAGCACAGUCAUUCUUCAACCAGUAUCAGGCAGAUGAUGUUUACAUUAUCACUUUCCUUGGGGAAUCCUCAUCCACAUGGGACAUCAGCCCACCUGGUAGAGAGGAACUUGCAGUAUUUCUCAACAACACAAACGUUACUGUUUCUGUCAAAUUUCAAUACUCAUUCACAAGGCAAACAUCUAGUACGUUAGUAACACCAACUGUUGGCAACAGUCAUACUAUUGAACUACCAGCCUCCGACCCAGAUCAUACCAGAAAACGACUUAUAAAUAUGCUGUCGUUCUCAGGGGGUCCUGCUCCAGUCCUUCAGGAUCUUUUCCCUCCAUAUAUGAAGGUUCCCGCUACUGGCCCUGUUGAACCUGUUACUGUACUACUGGAUGCAGAUAAAGAUAAUUUAUAUGACAACUACACAAGUGUUUCUGCAAGGCUAGUGAAUGGUAGCAUUCCCAAUCUAGUUGGAGACCGCGAAUGGUGGAGUGUUGGAGAGGUGGACUGCGCCUAUAAACGAUGUUCUAAGACUUCCCUCAGAGUGAUUACUUUUAAUGAUCGUGUCGCAUCUGAUGUCUUUGCACCAGUCUCCAGUUAUGGGGUCAUUGGCCUCUAUGUAUCACUCGUCCUUGUGAUUGGUCGAUUUGUCCGGAUGUACUUCAGUGGCAUCCGUUACCAGAUCAUGUUUAACGAGCUUCCGAAUGUUGACCACAUCUUGAGACUGUGUCUGGACAUCUUUCUUGUUCGGGAAUGCCAGGAGAUGGCUUUGGAAGAGGAUCUUAUGGCCAAGUUAAUCUUCCUCUAUCGUUCUCCGGAGACUCUCAUUCGAUUUACGAAAUACAAACGGGAUUAAUAUGUAAUUGUAUUUAUCACUUGUGAUUUGUUUUACACAUUUCAUGUUACAUUCUCCAAAGCAGUAGUUUGUUAAGAGGGCCAGGAACAUACCUGGCAUUCUUUUUACUGCCUAAAUUCCCAAACUUCUUGCUUUGAUAGUGUUGCAGCCAUAACCUGAACACCACCCACGCCACCCCCACUUACGAUAUCCUUGAUCCGACCCUGUACUAUCAUCUCCUUGGGCCUUUUAUUGACUACUUUAUUUUGAUAGUUUAUUUUUUACUCUGCACAGCAUGUUUACACAGGUUUAAAUUUUUGCAUUGCCUUAGUUCCUCAUUGUAUCAAUAAUGGCCAAAGACUUUAAACCCAAAGAUGUUCUGGUUCUUAAAUUUGAAUGUAGACUGUCUUUCACUAGAAAUAUUUUUGGAUAAAAUAGAUGUGACCUCAGAGUGAUUCAGUAGCUAAGGAUUUUUCUUGAUUCUUGUAAAUGGAGCCAGGAAUACCUAAAAACAUUAUAGUGGAUCAUUUGACCAAUACAUUCCAUGAUGUGAAGCAAAGCACUGAUGUGCAAGCUGUUGUUGCAUCAGCAAUGGAUUCUUCACAAAUGUCGUGCCAUGGUAUCAUCUCUAGAGGUUCAUGCCGUUGAAGAAUAUGUGGAUGCCACUGGCCGAGGGUUCUUCUGUGGCUGCCAUGAGUAUGAUGUCAGUGUUCUUGUAUAAAUUAAUAAAAGCGUUGUUGGAUGCAUGAUUAUGUUCUAGUCAGUAUUUGCAGACAGAUGGAACACAGAACUCUGUCAGCUGACAAUAAGUAUGCUAGUUAUAUAACACUUGAAUGUAGCAUUACCUUUGAUUUCAAGGUAUGGUAUUUAAGCUGACAUACCUACCAUUAUUAGAUUUGAUAAGAGACUUUUAAGAGACUUCAAUCAUUACAUAAUCUUGGAUACCACCAUCAUCAGUCUGAAGUGUAACAAUUCGAUGAAUUUGUAUUACUGUAGUUAAUAGUUUAUCGUUUAAAAGAGGAUAAAAUACAACAUGGCGCUGGUAUUUUUCAUAGAACAAAGCAAGUGAGAUUAGGAAAUACAAAUAUUUGACUACUAUAAUAGAAUUUUUGUAAGUUUACUUUACACAACAGCAAAUGCAUGCAUGGAUAUACUAUUGAUUAUUAGUCAUUAAUUAUUUAUUACCAAUUAUAUAGAUUAUUGGUCACAGGUUAUUGAUUAUUGAUAUUCAUUUGUAUAGAUUAUUUAAUACCUAUAAUUGGUGAUCAGUAAUUAUAUUGAUUAUAUAUCCCAAAUUAUCAGUAAUCAAUAUAAUUGAUAAUUAUGAUUAUUGACUAUAGUGAUUCAGAAAUAUAUUAUCAUUUGUCAAUAUUAUUUUAUUGAUAAUUUGAUUGAUUAUUUAAUUGGUUAUCAUAAUAAUACAUUUAUGAACAAGUUUGACAAACUCUUACAUGGAAAUUGUUCAUUACUUUUACCACCUAUGUGAACUCAGUGAAUUGUAAUAGUACUACUGUAAUUAUAAUGCAUAAUUAUAGUUUCACCACCCACCAUCAAUGUGCCAUUGUUUUUGUGGGUUUUUAAAUUGUAUUUAAUGUAUAUUUUUUACAACCCAAUUGUACUAGAUUAUUUUCUUUAGAUAAUUAAACAUUUUUCUAUUCAUGUUAUUUUGUUAUUUUACCAAUUUAUUCAAAUCAGUUGUAUCAUAUCUUGAUUGGAUUAUACGAGUAUUAUGUUUUAUGUUAACUACAGUACUUGUAAAUAAUUACAAUAAUUGUCAUUUUGGUGAAUAAUGUCAGUAUGCCUACAUGCAGAUGUGCUUAAUAACUGGAGUACAGUAUAUGGUUCAGAAUUUGUAUAUACUGGAUCUAAUGUUGAAUAAAUGUGAUUGAGUUACA